CUCCCCUUCUCUCCAGUCACCUCGUGCCGUUCCUGCAAAUGUCUCAAGUCCUCAUCAGAUCACCACAGCACUGCGCAAGGCGAGGAUUCAGCAUCGACAAGCGCCACAAGAAGCUGCUCUUGGCAUUCCUCACCACCCUGACUUCAUUCGUCGCGCUGGUUAUUCUUGUUUGGCUCAUCCUCCACCCGGCCAAGCCUCAGUUCACCAUCAAGGAAGCCGAUAUCGACCAGCUCAACAUAUCCAGUCCUCGCCUCAACUCCUCUAUCCAGCUCACUUUGCUCGCCGAGAACCCUAAUGGGAAGGUCGGGAUUUACUAUGACGACCUACAAGCUUAUGCUGCUUAUAGGGGUCAGCAGAUAACAGUCGGAUCCACUCUUCCUCCAUUCUAUCAAGGGUAUCAACACAGCGAUCUCCUGACUGCUUCCUUGGUUGGAAACGGACUCCCAGUGGCUGAUUCUCUCGGUUACCAAGUGGAACGCGAUCAGACGGCUGGUAAACUAGCGUUGAGCAUCAAGUUGAAUGGACAGCUGCGGUGGAAGGUCGGGACUUGGGUUUCCAGGAAAAACAUGCUCAAUGUCAAUUGCGUCGUGGUCAUGGCCUUCCAGCCUGGUGCCCUGGUUACCCCCUUAAGCUCGAAGCAGGGGAGUCGGUGUUCGACUUCCAUAUAAAAUUGACACGUACUGGCGCUUUCAGGGUCUAAUCGUUCUCUUCCUUAUCUCUUUCUACACUUUGUCGAUAUUGUUUCUUAAGCAUUCUGCGCGGAGUUACUCCAGUAGAUGAAUGUUUUGGGGUUCAAAAAAGAAGUCAGUGCUGUGUGUGAGAAUGAAUUUCUAUGUUUAGCUUUCCAUCGUAUUCCUAUGCCCCGUCUUUACAUAUCAUUCAUACAAAGGUUUGGAUGAGUAGAAAUGGAAGGGGAUAUGUCUGUAGAUGCCACUUUUUCCGCUUCCUUUUAGUAAGUGGGUAUUGAGAAGAAGGGGCUGAUGUGGAGGAUUAUUCAAGCCUUUGGUUUCUUUGCUUGGGUUGCAGAAGAAAGAAGGAUAAGUUGACAGGAGAUGAGAUUCAAAGGGGGCAAAAAUCAGAAUAAGAAAAGGAGAAAUUAAAGGCGGGAAAAACAACUGCUUUUUUGGAUGAGAAUCUUCACACGUCCUAGCCAAUUGCGCAACUUCAAUCAUUAGCAGAUUAAAGGAGACCACCAUCUACAAAGUGAACAUCGCCUAAACUCAUCGGCCCAACUGAAAAAGAAAACACCGAUUUUUAAAUGAUUUUGGAUUGUGAUUGAUUCUGUAAAUUUAGUUUCAUGGAAUGAGUCUACCUGAUAUAUUAUGUGGUCCACUCGCGGGAAGAGCACGAGCCACCUCAAGCAAAACUUCCCGAUCCCAAUCUUUUCUAAUGUUAUCUGGACUAUUCGAAUUCUUUCUGCAAUUUAUGCUGUUAAUCACAGAUAAGGAAAAC